UUGAGAGGGAAUGAGGGUGAGCAAAAAUAAGGCAAAAAUAAAAUAAAAAUAAAAGAAAGGAAAUACAAAAAAAGGGAGUGAGAGAGAGAGCGGGUUGCGAGGACGCUGCCCUUUCACCCUGCUUCCUUCCUCAUCAGUGAACCGGCUGCUCAGAUCGAUCGCCGUUCCAGGAUCCGUGAAAUCUCAGGUUGUUGAUUUGCAUUAUCUUUGUAAUUUGGUGUUUCACUGCGUUGUUGUGGUGAACUAAUGGUGCCAAAUUUGGAGUUCUGAUGGAAACGAUAUGGUCAGUUCUGGAAGGGGGUUUGUGGAUUGUAUGGGUGAAGAAUGCCUGAGUUGCGGAGUGGAGUACGCAAAGGUCGUGCUCCCCCAGUAAAUAACCAACAAAGGACACGGGCAAGGUGUGCUGCAACGAAGAAGCUGCAAGAACAGGCUUGCAGGACCAGGUGUCGUAUACGAACAAGAGCUGCAGCAGCAAAAGAGGCUGCCGAGGCAGCACAAGCCCAGGUAAAAGAUAGAGCAGUUAAGCCAAGAACUCAGGUUCUGAAGAGGAACAGAGCUGCUGGUGGGAAAGUGGUACCUGUGGAUGUUAGGUUGGGCACCGAUCGUGCUGUGAACCUUGCAGACCAGCAUUUAGACCAAGCUGAUCUUGAAGCUGGUCAAGAGGAGGCGGCACCUGCUGAUCUUGGCAACAGAAUGAUGGGGGAUGAUAGUGGAGGUGUGAGUGCUGAUAAAGUUGCAGGACAAGAAGAUGAAGGUAGCACCGCUCCUUUCCCUGAAAGGGUUCAGGUGGGAGGGUCUCCUGUAUACAAAGUGGAGAGGAAGCUGGGCAAAGGUGGCUUUGGACAAGUUUUUGUUGGUCGUCGUGUCUCUGGUGGUAAUGAACGUUCAACUGGUUCUGGGGCUUUAGAGGUAGCCCUUAAGUUUGAGCACAGAAGCAGCAAAGGUUGCAACUUUGGUCCACCUUAUGAGUGGCAAGUUUACAACGCUCUGGGUGGCAGCCAUGGGGUUCCGAAGGUGCAUUAUAAAGGCAAGCAGGGUGACUACUACGUUAUGGUCAUGGAUAUGCUGGGCCCUAGCUUAUGGGAUGCAUGGAAUUCUUCAGGCCAAUCAAUGUCAUCAGAAAUGGUAGCCUGUAUUGCUGUGGAAUCCAUCUCAAUUUUGGAGAGGAUGCACUCAAGAGGAUAUGUCCAUGGUGAUGUGAAGCCUGAGAACUUCUUACUUGGUCAACCGGCCACACCAUCUGAGAAAAAGUUGUAUCUUGUUGAUCUUGGGUUAGCUACAAAAUGGAGGGAUAGCUCUACUGGUCACCAUGUUGAAUAUGAUCAGCGUCCUGAUGUUUUCCGAGGAACUGUUCGAUAUGCUAGUGUUCAUGCGCAUUUAGGAAGAACUGCUAGUAGAAGAGAUGAUUUAGAAUCACUGGCAUAUACACUCAUAUUCCUUCACCGGGGGAGGUUACCUUGGCAGGGAUAUCAGGGUGACAACAAAUCUUUCCUUGUUUGCAAGAAAAAAAUGGCAACAUCUCCAGAAAUGCUAUGUUGUUUCUGCCCACCACCUUUCAAGCAUUUUCUUGAAAUUGUUGUGAACUUGAAGUUUGAUGAAGAACCUAACUACUCCAAGCUUAUCUCUCUAUUUGAUGGACUGAUUGGGCCCAAUCCAGCUGGUAGGCCAAUCAAUACUGAUGGUGCACAGAAGAUAAUUUAUCAAGUUGGACAAAAACGAGGUAGGCUGACUGCUGAUGAAGAUGACGAUAGCCGGGCUAAAAAGAAGGUCCGGCUAGGACUUCCUGCGACUCAGUGGAUCUCAGUUUACAAUGCAAGAGCACCAAUGAAGCAGCGGUAUCAUUAUAAUGUUGCUGAUUCACGCUUGGCACAACACAUUGAUAAAGGAAAUGAGGAUGGUUUAUUUAUCAGUUGUAUAGCUUCUUGUUCAAAUUUGUGGGCACUUAUCAUGGAUGCUGGAACUAAUUUUAGUUCACAAGUAUAUGAGCUGUCUCCAUACUUUCUCCACAAGGAUUGGAUAGUGGAACAGUGGGAAAAGAAUUACUACAUCAGUGCUAUUGCUGGUGCCAGUAAUGGCAAUUCUUUGGUUGUAAUGUCUAAAGGAACAAUGUAUACACAACAAUCCUACAAAGUUAGUGACUCGUUCCCGUUUAAAUGGAUAAACAAAAAAUGGAGAGAAGGAUUUCAUGUGACUUCCAUGGCAACUGCUGGAAGUAGGUGGGGUGUGGUGAUGUCUCGCAAUGCAGGCUUUGCAGAUCAGGUUGUGGAAUUAGAUUUUCUUUACCCAAGUGAGGGCAUACACAGACGAUGGGACAAUGGUUACCGCAUUACGUCGACAGCAGCAACUUGGGAUCAGGCUGCACUCAUUCUAAGUGUCCCCAAGCGCAAACCUACAGAUGAAACUCAAGAGACGUUAAGGACUUCCGCCUUUCCAAGUACUCACGUAAAGGAAAAGUGGGCAAAAAAUCUGUAUCUCGCGUCUGUGUGUUAUGGACGUACUGUGUCUUGAGCUGCCUGCCAUCUUUCCACUGGACAUUUCUCACCGGGAGAAAGCUGUUCAAAUGCAGACUGAAAGGAGGUAACUGCAAAAGGUGGCAACAUGACAUUGGAUAAUUCUUCACAAACUUUUUUCCAGAAAGUAAUGUUGUUAAUUGUAUAGCUUUCUCAAGAUCUGGAGGAGAGAAGCUAAGUCAUCGAACAAUUGAGGCUUAAUGCAGGGAAGGCCCCUUUGUUCUUUUCCCUCCUGUAUAUUGUCGAAACUAGUUACUAAUUAUCUGUACUUCAGGUCAAAUAGUUUCAACUUUCAUGUUGCUGUAUUAAUUUCA